AUGCCACGUAACGAUUACCGUCUUUCUGGGUAUGAUGCUGAUAUGUUUGGCAACCGACGAACCCGUCAACGACAAAACAACACCGCACCACCAGGUAUGACCCGCCCUGAAGCUUUGAGGAUUGCUCAAGAGCUUGGUUUCCUCGAACGUCCAACACCCCUGCUUCCCUCUGCCACAGAAGAUGACAAUGAUGGGUGGGAAGACACAAAUGAUUGUAUCCAUGAAGAAAUCACAGACUUCUCCGGCGACCAAUAUGCUAGCCAUCAAAAAUCACUUCGACAUGCUGAAGCCCGAGCCAGGCGGCAACAAAAGUGGAAGGCACUUGAAACCCAACUGACGGCAACAUAUCUCCACCUUCAAUACUCUACAUGUAAUUGGACAAAGCCAUACUCAUAUUUGUCCAAUGAGGUUCAAUGCAAGUGUCCUUCUGACAAACUUCGACGGCAACGAGUUGACCUGAUUGACCUUCUCAGUCACACUAGAAGACGUCAAGUCACAUUCUGUGGUUGUCUACCCGAUGUGAUACAUCUUCUUCACCUUGGUUACAUAGCUGGCUCACCUCACAAGCUUGAAAAAGACGUUGUUGCUUGUCGAGAAACCGACAAUCAAGCCAAUAAUCUUAAGCUUCGAGAACUGUACCCUGACAAGUUUAUUGGUGUACUCUAUGAUAUCGGCUGCCACCUUGAUGUACAUAUAGCAAAGGUUAACGAAGGAGCUGGAACAUGGCUUCAAAAACGAUUUCAAAAUGCUGUGAAGGUCUCUAGAGAAGCCCAAUCCGCUUUGAAUUCCCUCUUUGAUAUGGACAACCCAGCCUUACCUGGAAACAAGUAUUCAGCCGAUUUUUUCCGUGGGCAGUGGGCUUCCGAGCGCGAAGCAUACACAAGUAAGCAGGCAGUCUUGUUGAAGCAACAGUUAGAACUUGGUCGUCUAUUAUCUUUACAAGAUGAACUAGAAGCUGAGUGGUUAAAGCCAAUGCUUACACCUGAACAGGUUCUUGCUCGACUUUGGUCCACAGCUGAUCUGAAAGAGCGAAUUGAUAAGCAGGCGGCAAAAGUAGGCACUGCAAAUGUUCUGGGAUUAGAAAACGAGCAGAAAGCAUUCCUCAAGCUCUGGUACAGUAAGCACGAAGUUGGGCUGAAGUAUAUUGCCAUAUGUGAGGAAAAGCGACCACUCCAACAGAGUCGCACAGAUGGACAUGAAUCAAAUCUAGGACAUAAGGGAAAGACCAAUUUGCUUGUUGCACUUCGGAAGCAUGUAACACAGCUUAAGAAAGUUGUUGAAACAUAUCAAACUCGUUGGGCGGAAUACCACGCGGAAUAUCCACACCAUCAGCUCCCAGAAAAUAUUGAUUAUAACGAUCUAAUUCAUAUCCAAGCAGAUCAUCCCUUCUGGAACGACUCUCUCUUCACAAAACUGGAAGCACCUUGGGCAGUAGAUCCAAAGACGAGACAUGGCAUGCAGCAAGUUGCAUAUGCUGAUCGAGCAACCGAGGAGCUCAGGCGGCUUGGCUGGGAGGCUCGCCGAGCUAUGUGUUGGGCAAUCACGAGCCACAAUCAAAUCUGGAGGACUCUCCUUUCUUUGAAAUCGGUACCAAACUCUGACCCAAUCCUAGCGACUACUCUGACCUCUCACCCCACACUUUCAUGUUUACCUCCUCUGGCUCGUCAGAACGCAGCUACUGUGGUCAUCAACAAUCGGUCUGUUAAAAUGGCAAACCUACAGCUCAUGUGGAAUGAAGGACUACUUGAACCAAGUUGGAGAUGA